GAAAUGACCGCGGGAAAACAAAUUUUUGCACUGUCUGAAUUUUUAAUCGUGCCAGUUGGACGAAAUGGCAGACCAGGAAGUGAACAGCACGUACUCGUUUGAGGUCCAGGGUUACGUGCAUGUAGUGGAGUUCUGUCCGUUCGAACAGUCGUCACAACUCGUGGCUUACGGAGGAAACAACCGCGUUUCUGUGGCGAAGUGUGUGUUUCCGGAAGAAGACAAGGAGUUGGGGGAUCUUGAGUACGAACACCUGCGUGACUUCCACCACGGUACGAGAGUCGACGCCAUCGCUUGGAGUCCGCAAACCAACGUCAACACUCUUCCAAGAGUUGUCAGAUUCUGCACGGCUGGUUCAGACAGAAAGAUUCGGAUCUUCUCGUCAGAUUUGAAGGAAAAAGACUCUGUACAGGUUUUGGAGGGUCACACAGAUUACGUUAAUGAUGUCGUGUUUGAGCCAACCAAUGGGGAUCAGGUGGCAAGCGUGAGCGACGACCACACCUGUCGUGUCUGGGACCUGGACGGGACACAGAAGGCUGUCAUGCCGCUAAAGGGCCCGGGGGUGUCCGUACGCUGGCACCCAGAUGAUCCCGCGAAGUUGAUGGUAGCUGAAAAAACAGGCAUCAUCCGGUUCUAUGAUAUCAUCACCUGCCAGCCAAUCAUGUCGCUGGAUUGUGGCCACGCCCCUCUGACCUCAGCUGAUUGGUGCAGGACGGACCCGCUGACAGUCGGGGCUGUAGCAGGCUCUGAUUGGUUCAUGUGGGACGUGACGCGCUCCAGUCGUCCAGAGGACAGGCGACAGGUCCAUCCAGAGGGCGCCAAGAACUUCAGAUGGUGUCGGGUGAGUGAAAAGCUGUUUGCCACCUGUGGUCGUCCCGGCAACCAAGUAAAGGUGUUCCACAAGGGGCAUCAUCAGACACCAGUUUCCAGUAGUAUGAUGGUCCAGGGCGGUCUAUCGUGGCACGCGAGGCUGCCUGUCUGUGCUGUCGGUGGGGACAGAGUCAUACACAUGUGGCUAGCCGAGUUGUAACAAUUUAGUGCCUGUAGAAAUUGGACUACCAGGAUGUUAAUGUGAUAUACUGAACAUAGCCUCAAAUUCUGCAGGAGGACUACAAAAGUAAACUGAACAUGGUCCAAUAUUGUGUCAAGGGGCCAUUACUGGGGAUGAAUGAGAGUCUCUUAUGACAAGAAAAACAUUUAGUUCUUCAAAUCAGUGAUAUCAAUGGUAUUCUCAAGUGCAUUCCAUGUUUUCUUUUGAAAAUAAAGGUAAUAA